AAGUGCAGGCUACUAAAUUUGCUGUUAGGUCAACGGAAACUGGUUCCUGACUUUUAUAUCAACGUAACAUCGUAUUAAACUGACUUGUUAAGCACAGUUUUGUUGAAAUAAUAUUAAAUAUGGGUGAGGCGUACGAACAUACACUAAUGGUUAAGAAUGAAUGUUUUGUUUACCGUUUACCCCCACGCCCCUCGAACCGGGGAUACAGAGCAGCAGAUUGGGGGUUGGACAAACCGAUGUGGACAGGACGUAUGAGGGUUACGACUAUGAAUGGUAAUCUGACCAUCAAGCUGCUAAGUAACGAGGGCGAAUUAUUCGCCGAAGCUCCAGUUGCUGAAUAUCCUGGGGUAGCCGUUGAAUCCGUCACGGACUCGUCCCGAUACUUCAUUCUAAGGAUUAUCAACCAACAAGGACAGAAAGCGUUCAUCGGAACCGGGUUUGCAGAUCGGGGCGACGCGUUCGAUUUUAACGUAACGUUGCAAGAUCAUUUCAAACGAGCGAAAACAGAGGAAAUAAUUGAACAAGCUCCGGUGAACGAACCAAGCUUAGAUUUAGGUUUAAAAGCCGGACAAACAUUUAGGAUCAAUAUUGGAAACUCGGCUGCGAAAAGUAAACCAAAAGCCAAGCCUGCAUCAACGGGAGGACUCCUGUUACCCCCUCCUCCCGGGGCAGCUGCGUCGCAACCCGUAGCCAGCAACGACAAGUCCGAGUGGGGAGAGUUCUCAAGCGCAAGUGACAACCAAUGGGUUCAAUUCUGAUGUUCAUGAUUACCAAGCCAACUUGUGCAAUCCUUAUCAUAGUAAUAGCUGUAUUGACCCAUGAAUGCCAAGUGUGUUAAACCAUCAUUCAUCUUUCAUUGAAUGUUAUACAUUUGGCAACUUUAGUUAUUUCAUGCUUUUAAUUAGAUAUGUAGAGGGGGUUAUUCUAUUUUAUUCCACUUUUGUAAAAACCAUUUCCAUUCAAUAUACAUUUUAUAAAAAACCUCGCAUAUUGAACAACAUUGCCAUCGGUAACAGUUUUAUUAAAUGUUUAGCCAAUUAAUGUGUUAAGAAUAUAAUAGACAAUUUUACCAUGUUAUUCAAAAGUCUCAUUUAUUUCAAAUCAGUUUAAUUUAUAGAAAUGUAAUGAAGGCGUUUAAAUGUGUUUAUUCUUUGUUUUGUUGCUCUUGGUGGAAAAACAAACUAAAUUAAUCACGUUCAUAAUUUUUCAUUCAAUUUACUCGCAAUGCAAAUGAGCUGUUUUCCUUCAACUUAGA